AUGGAAACUCCAAUGGAAAGCCACCGCCGGCAAAGAACCCGCUCCGGUGAAGCCUUCUCCUUCCCAAACAUUCCAAUUCAAGAUCCCGAUUUCGAGUUCGAAUCCCUAACACCAGACUCAACCUCAAGUAUUGAUCAAUACAAGACUAAUUCCCCUGCUGACCACCUUUUCUCCAAUGGACUUCUAUUGCCACACACUUACAAUUUUCCUAGUGAGUUACCAACACCGACAAUGCUUCACAUUUCGAGCACGAGCAGCCGGACAAGCAGCGUAAACAGCAAGGAUUCGCUUCUGUCGUCGAAGAGUAAUAGUACUAAUAGUAGUAGAAGCAGUUUUAGUGCCAGAACAAGCUCAAGUGAUGACAAUAAUCCAAGAGUUGCAAGCAGAACAUCAAGUGUUUCAUGUCAUGUUUAUGGAGCUUCACAAAGAUGGCAGAUUAUAGCACCAGUACUGCCGGUUUUGAAUCGCGAUUCAUCGCGAAAAAGGAGUAAAAAUGGAGCUAAUGAAGGGACAAGAGGAAAGAAACAAGAGAAUGAGAAGAGCAAAGAAGUGAAGCCAGGGAUUUGGAGGAGGUUUUUCAGGUAUUUUUUAGUGGCUUGUAGACAAUGCCAUGCGUUGGAACCUUCUUCUGUGAAGGAUGAUGAUGAUGUUUUGUAA